AGUACAGAACGUUUAAAAUUACUCGCACUCCACGAAUUUCCGGAGUCCUCGACAGGCAUGCAAUCGACGUGUGUCUUUAGGCUUUCCUCGGCUUUGGUCGUUCAAAAUUGAUCACCUGUCUUUGAUCGUGAGCAGCGCGUCAAAGAUCUCGAAGAUCCAUACGUGGCGAAAUGGAACAGCAAAUCACGAUUGAACUAGCUGAAGGUGGCACUAUUUUCAAUGUCGAGAAUACAAUCAACGGCAAUGUUGUCCUGCGUAAUGCCAAACCAGAGCUGAUUGGUUCGAUCCGCAUGGUCCUCUCUGGUCGUACCAAGACCAAGAUCGUCGAGAAGAAUAACAGAAACGCGACGUAUCGAGGCCGCCACUUCUUGUUUAUUCAAAAGACUGUUAUAAAUGCCGAAUCCACCCCAUUGGAGCCAGGCCAGAAGUAUAUCUGGCCGUUCACCAUCGCCUUUCCUACCUUCUUGCCACCACCUGACAUACGGGCGGCGAGCGUCGACGGCAGUACGCCACCAACUUUCCGGGCCGACGAUAUUAGUUUCUCGGUCAAUGCCAAAUGUUUCGUGGAGUACAUGAUCGCUGCAAUCAUUUUCAAGCAUCAGUCGAGAGUCGUCCUUCACAAGAGAGAGAAGGUUGUGAAAUACGUGCCGAAUUUUCCACACCACCAGGAGCUCCCACCGCAGAUGGACAAACUUUGGAACCAGAAGUUCAUGGCUCGGAGUCUUCUAUUGCUGCCAGAGAACGAGGGUCGAUGUCUAACGCGGAGAGAGAAAGUCAAGUCAGUGUUCCAGAGCAGCAAGUUACCAUGCUCGGCAUUCCAGUUCAACGUCUCGUUUCCAACUUGUCUUCUAGUAGGGCACAAAUUGCGCAUUUUUACAACCAUAGCGCACUUGUCGGAAGAAUCUACGGUCAUUCGACCGCCGCAGGUGACGCUAGCGACUCUAUCUGUCGUGUUGAAAAGUCGCACAUCCCUCCAAGCGGACGGAACUUUCCACCCGCAUAACCACGUCCAGCAGAGCACGUGUUGGACGAGGACUUGGACCAAUGAUGGCCCAUUCUUGGAAAGCGAAAAUUGGCAGCAGACCUUCGACGCGACACUCCCGAGGACCCUACAUCCAACCUUCAACACAUAUAACAUCAGCAGGAGUUACUAUCUCAAGAUCACCGGUAUCCUAAAGUGCGCCAAUGAGAAAUUCGACGUCAAAGUACGUGGAGGUUAUAUCGAUCUACAUUUGUAUCCGCCUAGACUGCCUGCUGUGUCCUCGGAGGGCGAUGGGCUGCCGACGUACAGAGAAGCAAUGGCGAUCGCACCACCACCGCGACUGGAUAGCGACAGUGAUUGAUAGAGGUCUGGCUGGAUGCGGUCACUACCAGUGAUCAGAGACACAUCUACUCCCAUCUAGGGAUUGAU